AGAUAAAAACUGCCCACAGAUAAAGGAUGCGUUCAUAAAAGCGUUUAUUUCCAAGGAUCCUUGUAAAUCUACAGAACAAGACUAUAAAGAGCUGAUGGAUCUGACCAGUCAAACCAUACCCUGCAACAAGAGUAUCCUUUGGAGCAAAUCCGAGGAGCUGACAAAACUGUAUAGCCAUGCCUACCCGGAGCUGUUCAUGCUGGAGGACACGCUGAUGGGCUACAUUGCUGAUAACCUCACCUGGUGCGGAGACGAGGGCUCCUCUGAAAUAAACAGUCAGUCUUGCCCCGACUGGACUUAUGAGUGCACAAACAACACUAUGUAUGUGUUCUGGAAGACAGUAUCCAAGAGGGUAGGUACCAAAAGUGAAAUUCUAGAAUUGGGAAACCACGGAAUGAAGAGGUCAUCUAGUCAGUGGUUGGUUUGA